AUGUCGCUCAGCCCGUUCGCAAAGGCAGGAGCGCUUUAUAGUCGGGUGUGCCGCUGGGCACGCCGCUGGCAGUGGUUCGUUCAUGACGUCAGGGAACCCUUGCGGACUGGAUAUAUUGCAGAAUGUGUCAUGAGCAGGAGUUUCGAGAUAUUUUUCUCGUUCGUCAUUGUCCUCAAUGCGAUUUAUAUGGCCCUCGCGAUGAACUACCAGGUGAGGAACCCGAUGAAUGGGCAAACCCUUCUAAUGGGCGUGGCCGAAGUCACGUUCGUGAGUUUGUACAGUGUGGAGCUUGUGUCCAAGUUGAUCGUCCAUAGGUGGUUCUUUUUCUGGAACAAAGAGAUGCGCUGGAAUGUGCUGGACUUUGGUCUGGUUGUGUACGGCAUCUUCGACAUCGUGUUCGAAGCUUCGUUCGGAGAUUCGGGAUCUCAGUCCCCAUCCUGGCUGCGGGCACUACGUCUGUUCAAGAUGGCCAAGGUGUUGCGGAUGCUUCGCGUGAUCAGGACAUUCCACGAGCUCCACUUGAUAAUGGCUUGUAUCGCUGGGUCAAUACAGUCCCUGUUUUGGAGCUUGGUAAUGAUGUGCGUGAUUAUGUACAUGUUCUCGCUAGUCUUCGUGCAGCAGGCGGCCGCCUAUUUGGGCUCGGGGAACGCCAGCGACGAAAUGGAUGGAGAUAUCCUGGCGCAUUACGGCUCGGUGGAGGCCAGCAUGUUCACAUUGUUCAAGACCCUCUUUGGCGGUGACGAUUGGUCCCCGUUCUAUGAAAUUAUGGCAGAGGUGAGUUUCCUCACGCAAGUCCUCUUCGUGGUGUUUGUUGCUGUUUCACAGGUCGGCGAAUCGCGCUCUUGA